GGGCGAAUAAUUUUCGUUUCCUUCGAUCAUUUUGUGCCCCAAAAAGUGGAAAAUCAUCUCUUUAACAAUCUUUGUCUAUUUAUUUAAAACUAUCAGAUGCUGCAACUGAACCACAUAAUCGGCUGGAUACUACCUGUUUAUUGUAAAUAAUGACUGCAUCAAAGUGAGAACUUCAAAUAGCAAUGCAAUGAUGACUUCGCCAGAGUACACUGGGCUAGAUACCCAUAAGGCCCUAGAGAAAUUGAAGUCGGACAUCACAAAGGAGCUGCAGAUCUAUGAAGAUUUUACAUGGAAGAAGCAAAGCUGCAUGUCGGCCCUGGGCCACCAGUCCGGAUGGAGGCUCGACCCAAGGGCCGCUUUCCACUGGACCAGUGGUGUGGCCAUAAUGAUUGCCAUCGUCCUGUUACUGUUCUCGAGCAUCUUUAGCUGGGAUCCAAGUCUGCUGGUUGAGAGCGCAGUCCUCUUUAUGUUUCUCCUCUUUAAUGUUUACCUGUCUGGUUGGGACUGCAGGCUUCAGCAUCGUGAGAUGGUGGAUAGGACAAAGGAUUUAAUCAAACAUUUAGAAGGAAUGGUGUCCCAGGAGGUGACCUGGACACCGGACGAUUACGUGCCUCUCUUCAGCCCUCAUACCAACUCCAUCAUGCUACAGUGGACAUUGAGGGAUGGUCAGCUGGUCAAUCUUCCCUGGACACUGCUGGUCACCGAUGAUAUCAUCCUGAUGAGACCUGGAAAGAUAGCGCCAACCAACAUAAGAAUUUUAUCAGAAGAGAGUGAUCUGGAGUUACACGCUGGGGAGGCAUAUAAUCCAAUCAUUCCAGAGCCUAAAUCAGAACCCACAGCACGACAUCCACUCCAGCCUGCCAAAUUCCAAGUCAUGGACACCCCCUAUAUUCCACAUCUCAGGACCUGUUUGAAAGGAGCCCAGAAGAAGCCCCUCUCUUCAUUUGAUAACAAAAGAAUCAUCUGCACCGCUAUGUUUGAACGAUGGCUCACCCCAGCUGCACUGAUCAUUUCUUUUGUCAUCAAUAUGAUCCGAUAUCUGGUCGUUGAGUCGGACAUGGGACACUGGGCACAGGUCUUCGUUGCUAUACCGGUUCACACAGUCUUGCCAUUGCUGCCUCUGUGCCUACCAUUGAUCUGGAUCUCACUCAAUCACUUUGGUAGCGCAAGAAUCGUCACUCUCUUCCACAAGUCUAAACAUCUUAAGCUUCCAGAGUCAGACCGUGAAUUCCAGGAUAGCGAAGAAGACACACAGAUCGUGGAUGAAAGGUUACCAUGGUUACCAGUAUGGCAGCGCUCCAAAUCAAGCUUUUUUGGUACUUCAUCUCAUCUACCGAGAACAGGCAACUUGCUUCAGGGAUUAGGAUCUGUAACUUCUCUUUGCUGUGUCGACAAGAGGGGUAUCUUAUCAACGCCUGACCCCACCCCAGAGAAAGUGUUCUUCAUGAGUAGUUUGUCCGAUGAUGACUCAGAUAGUUUAUGCAGUGAGGACUCUGUCUUUGGCGCAGAUGAGACAGAGAAAGGGAAGAAAAGAUCAAAAUCUAAGCUUAAUAAUGAAGAUCACUUUCCUGAGCAUCAUGCAGAAGUGCUGACCCUCUCUCAAGAUUCAUCGGGUUUGUAUGGUGUCGAGUUUGAUGAAACAAACUGGGAUAGACACAUCAGUUCUCUAAAACCAAUGGGUCUGACUAUACUGAUGAACACCUGUAAUGCUAACACAGUAGAGACGCACAGCUCUUUCAUGGACCAUGUUGCUUCCACCGUGAACACGGAAGAGAGCAAACAUUACAUGCAUGUGUCCCAGAGAAGGUGUCUUUGCCAGAUAGCUCAAGUGAUGGGUUUCACAGACCAAGCAACGGAGAGCUUUGAACUAAAGCAGAAGUUAGCACUUUACAAACUACCUAGUGAUGCCGACGAGAAUGAUGUGGGAGGUAGGAGAUUUGCUAGGUCUCGAUCGUUCAUCAAGAAACGCAUCCCAGCUCCUCACACAUUGUCAGUCUUGGUUCAGCAAGCGUCUACAGGAUGUAAGCAGCUUUUGACCCAAGGAAGUGCUAGUCUCCUCCUUGACCUCUGCUCAGAAUUCUGGGAUGGCUCUAACCUCUUUUCACUAACAGAAAAUGAAAGCAAGAAAAUUCUAGAUUUUUACCAGAGAGCGACCUUAUCCUCGUACUGUACUGCGUUUGCCUACCAGCCGAUGGCAGAGUCGAUUGAUGAUCGUCUUGGAGAUUAUUAUAUUGAGUUACCUCCCCAUCACAAGCGUUCUGAUGAUCAUGAUAUGCCUGAGAUACCAGGCUUGGCCAGAUCCUCUUGGGAUAUGGAUACAAGCAGAGAACCCAAUACAGCUGUCCACCGCACAAGGAAAUACCACAGCCUAGAUUCGACCAUGAAUAAACAUGGAACAAUAAGAAGUGCUGAAGAAUGCUGCAAAUCUCAGUGUGGGCAGAUCUUCAUCGGCAUGGUAACAAGUAACUAUCAGGCAAAAGGAGACAUUGUAGCCCUCCUUGAGCAGCUGGACAAUGCCUGUAUAAGAUUCGUCCACUUCUCCCGAGACCAAGAGCUUAGAAGCAGGGUAUUCUCUGAGAAGCUUGGCCUGGAGGCGGGAUGGAACUGCCACAUCUCCCUGCUGGACCAGGACUCCUCGUCCUCCAGCUCCUCCCACCUCCCUCACACGGGAGACAUGUCCCGCCAGUACUCCAGCCACAGCAGCAGCGGACAUGAUAAUAAUACCAUCACCGACGGAGAGAUGAGCAACAGGCAUAGCGAUACCAGGGAACCCAAGUCGGAUGGGACGGAGACGUCGUCUCCCCACUCCGCUGAUGAAGCACAGGUUCAGAUUGAGGUGGAGGCACAGAGAGUACGCUUUGAUCCUGUGGAGGCUGUUGUAGUGGUAGAUAUGGAGAGCUUGAUAGGGGAGGAGGCAAAAGAAAUAGGUGAUGUCGUUUCUAGCCAACAAGUAAAAGAAGGGAGUAAUAUUGACAAUGGGAGUAGACCAUGUGAAAACGUGGUGGUUUCUAUGAAAGGAUCAGCUGUUCCUAAAUUAGCAAGACCAUGCAGUAGGGAUGCAGACACCGAAGAUGCAAACGAUGAGGAGGAGGAGGAGGAGGGAGAUGCGGAAAAAGACGAAGAAGGAGGACUUCGGGAGCCUUCCUUAUUACAGGAAGAUACUGGUGUUGAAAGUAGGACAAAAACAUCGCAUCAUUCAGAGGAUACUUCUUGCAUGGAAAGUACAGGACCAAAGGAGGAUGACGCGUUGCUAGGAGACCAAAAUCGCAAUGAGACAACAUCAUCUGAUCCAUCAUCUCCAUCAUCACCAAACUCGCAAUCCAUUCCCACCCUUCCUCUUCAGACCCAGCCCACAAACGCCAACAACUCCGAGGAUGCCAAAGAGACCGAUGCCCUCUUGAGUCAGCCGCCGGCCAAGCCGUUUGAUCUUUCCAACAGACAGCGGCAGAUCUCUGAGACGCAGACUUUCAAUAGCGAUGUCUCUGCAGCAGGGACAGAUACCUUGAGCCAUCAGACAGAGAGCGAAACAGCUGGAGGAUUUGAUAUUUCAAACAGGGCCAAGUUACCUCGAGGGAUAGCCAACAUCAGACCGCACAUAGAGAGGAUCGACAAUGUCCCCCUCCUCGUACCCCUCUUCACAGAUGUCACUCCAGAAACGACCCGUGAGAUGGUGGAGAUUAUGCAGGAGAAUGGAGAGGUUGUGUGCUGUUUGGGAAGCAGUCUCAACAUUACCAAUGCAUCCAUCUUUGCUCAAGCAGAUAUAAGCAUCGGCUUGGAGCCGUUACCACCCCACAUCUGUAUGAACAAAGACCACGCCCGCCCGAAGACUACGCCCAACUGGACGUCAUCACACCCCCCCUGGUCGCCACUAGAGGUCUCCAGUCUGCUCACCAGUCUACCCUGUUCUCUCUCAUUCCAUCGGUUGGAUAACAUCAGUCUCAUCUCGCUCAUCAGAGAGGCCAGGGGAAUUUGCAAUGGGAUGGUCAACUGCUUCACCUUCUUCAUGUUUGGUCUGCUGACCCUAAGUGCAAUCCAACUCCUGUGUACACUGCUGUUCUUGCCACCCCCUCUCAGCGGGCGUCACGUCCUCUGGCUCGCCUCGGUCGUCGUGCCACUGCUGGCCGUGGCCCUGAUGGGGUCAAACUCCCAGUCAAAGGUCAUGACCCAGGCUACGGGCAAGAACGUGAGGGAGCACAAUACUGAUCAUGUGGUCUUAUUCUGCUUCUACUUCAUGACCAAGUUCCUGGGUUCGGUCGUGAUCUGUACUGUAUGCCACUUCCUAACUCUCUUUGCUUUCUGCAAGGAGACUGCAGAGGAUCCAACAGAUUGCCAUUUUAUCCUUCACAACAGAAACAUGACAUCAAGCUGGAAUGGAUGGAGAGAGGAGUACUCCUCACAUCAAGUACUGGCACAAAAUAUUCAGGCAUUCCUUCUUACAUUGUAUUUCAUUACAUCAUCAGCUAGCUUUGUUAAUUGUUUACAACCCUUGUGGAGGAAACCACCGUUCAGGAACUAUUUAUGGUGUGGAGUCGUCUGUGCACUAUUCAUCCUUGAGAUCAUCUUCUUUGCGAUAGACAUGAGCAUAUGGGGAUCAGCUGAUGCAGCAGGGAUGCCUUCGAGUCUGGAGGACAUUCCUCUGGAGGUAUGGCUGAUUGGUUUCCUAUGGCCGCUGGUGGUUCUCUUCCUCUGUGAAGCCGUCAAGCAGUAUGAGAUACAGGUUUUUGUGAGGUGGCAGAAGAGGACCAAGCUCCAAUUUGGGACCAAACUUGGGAUGAAUUCUCCUUUCUGAGUAUUCAGUCAUGCAGUAUUCUUAUCAAGAGGAUGUUUAGACAUGUUUUCUUGUGUAGUGGUGCACAAUUUGAUAACCACCAUUUGUUAUUCCACAAAUUUCCCAUAAGAUACCAUUGAGUUGCAUGUUGCUUUGGUGCAUUAGAUAUUGAUCGCGAUAUAUUGUAUUCAAGAAAAUUUUAUUUUUGUGACUGGUUAUUUUAAUAAUUACAAAUAUAUUUUGUAGUUUUGGCUGCACAAUUAUGUUUUUACAUCAUUUUGGUAAUUAUCUUUUUAACUAUGCUAUUAGACAAUUAUAGACUGUUAUUUUAUAGAAAAUUUGUGUCUGUUUAGGUCACCAAAUUAAAUAGUCACAUUUUGCUUACAUAAUGUACAAUUUAAAAGUACUUAUAAAUAUAUUUGUUUUUUUAUUAUUCUGUUCUUCACAUCUCAUCACAUUGGUGUAUUUAGCAUUUCUUUUUAUUCCUAUUUACUUCCUCUCUUCCAUAUAUAUUUAUUCUGUUCCAAAAAAGUAAUCUCUGUUACAUGUUACUUUCAAAAUGCACCACCCGCUUUCAAGAAAUAUGUAUCGGUAGAUUUUGACAAACCUGAAAAUGUGCAAUACGUAAGGGUAUGUAGUUAACUAAGAAAACUGAGAUGCAUGCUAUGUGAGCUGUGCCUUCCUUGAAAUUAAUGUGCAAAUUUUAUAAGAUUUGUUACACUUUGUAGUCAUUUGUACGAAAUGAGAUACCGGUAGGCAUGAUAAUUAGGAAAAGUGACACGAUUGAUUCCAGUGCUUUCCGAGGAGUAUAUCAAUUUAUACAAGUAAUGUUCCAUACAUACCUCCUUUAAUUUGUCAUCAAAUAUUGUUAAUAUACAUGUACAUGUUUCAAGUUAGGAACCAUUCAAUAGAUUUAUAGAUAUACAACAACAAAUAUCAAGACACGUUUUGAGUAGCCUGAGUAAUUUGUAUAAAUACAAAAAAUUCAUUUGAAUAUGACUAUUUUUAAAAAUAAAAAUGAAAAUGAAAAUGAAAAGUUCCUUUCGAAUUUAGAAAAUUAUACCUCUACACAAAAAAGUGAUCCACAAUUUACCUAUUGUCAUGUUUUUUAAUUGUAAUUUUUGUUUUGUAUUUACAUUAUUUAAAUGUCACCAUCUUGUCACUCUGUAGAAGAAGUUUUCCCAAAUCUAUGUUGAUAAGUUUUGCCACACUAUAUCUUGUAAAUAAGAAAAGAGUUUAUCUAAUUUAUGGCAGGUUUUGAAUGUUGUUGGUAUGUGUACUUAUGAAAACACCCCAUAUAUGUAUACCAGAGACAGUAGAUGUAAUUGCUAUAAAUACGUUGUGUUUCAUGACAAAAUAUACCUUGAAAAUAGGAGCACUGCUAGACAGUUAAUAUGUUCAGGUCAUUCAGAAAAAAACCCACAAUGUUGAUACGAUUAAUCUUAGAUUGUUGUCAUUCUCUUAUUUCAGUUGGAAAAACAUCAAGGUAAUUUUGUAAUAUGCUGGCUUUGAAAUGCCAGUUUCGCUCGAGCCAGUGGAUGAUGGUGCUUUUUUCUCCUUUUGGUUUGUUACUGAAAGAAGGUUGAUAGUUAAAAUAAUUUAGCUUGCUAUUCCAGUUUUGAUUUCAUGAAAUUUGAAAUUUAUAACAUAAUCAGAGAUAUUCUUAUAGCAUACAAGGAAAAUAUUUGGCCAUAUUCAAUGUAUGGAUAAAAGCAUGUUUGAAAAAAAUUCUCAUCUCUUAAAUUUUCAUAACCAAGAUGAUCCUUUUGUGUAUGUAAUGAUUUGAAUCAAUCUGAAUGUAAUUUGAUGUAAAAGAAUUAUUCUAGAAUGUAUUGCUUCAACCCAGUGUGUGAUGUCAGCAUGUAUAUUCCAGUGAAUUAUACAAGAUUAAAAUAGAAUACUGGUAAUUGUG